AUGACUUGGCUGAUGCAGGGGCUGGAGCAGAAGAGCCUGGAGCAGAGCGGUGGGGAAUGGGGAGCCUUGCUUGGGUGGCAGCUCUGGGCUGUUCUUGGAAUCCUUGUCCUCCUCUUGGUGCUGUGGUUUGGACUCAAGAAAAUUAGAUGCCAUCCAGAUAACAGUGGGCAGGAGAGCUCCAACAGCAACUUGGUGGAGGAGGAAAAAGUCAACAAUGUUGUGGCAAGGAAAGAAGUAGAAAGAAACAAUGGAAAUGUGGAAGAAGACCACCACCAGAAUGUUAAAAAUAACCUUGGAAGUGUUUCAGAUGAGCUCAUCCUGUUUCCUGUUGAGAAUCUGGACCAAGGUUGCUCAAUGAUAAUUGACCGGAUGGGCAAACUCACGGAGAUCUUCUGCCAAGGAUUAUCAAACAGUUUCUACCUGAUGCCACAAGAAUCUGUCAGAGUGGGCAGUGCUUUUGAAGGCUGGAGUCCCUGUGCACGCAAUGCUGUGUACCGUGUGCUUGUACCCCUGAGUCCCCCUCCAGGACACACCUUCCACCUGCAGCUGGACACUGCGGGGAUGCCCCAGAGGAGCUUCUGUGUCUGUGUGGAGUUGCUGUGUACUUGCAUGAGGGAGCAGCUGGGGAAGGACAUGCUAUGUUUCCUCCACCACCCUGAGGAGGAGCUGAGAAGGAAACAGAAGCCCAGCCUCCUCCACACCCUCCGCACUGGCUCCUAUCUAAAUGUGGAGAAAACUGUCCAGUGGUUCUGUCACUUUGUGAGAGUAGCCUGGCUGCUUUUGCCUCAGUCCUGCCACUGGCAUUUAAUGUUGCAGCCUUCCAGCCGCUCCUGUAAAUUUCAGCUAAGCAAAGACAAGGAAAGCCUCAUGGCUGAGAUGAUCUUUGGAGUGCAGCAAGGAGACUCAGACAUCUUUGUGGGCAGCCAGCCAUCACAAGUAGGCAUGGCAAACACAACGUGGCUGGAGACUUAUACCGUGGUAGAGGCAAAAUUCUUCAGGCACAAUUCCAGGCAGGCCCCCCCAGACAGCUGGCACUGUAAGUGCCUGCAGCUCCUCGCCGGCAGCCAAACGGGUGCAGGUUUUUCCAGCUAUGCCCUGGAGACUGUGGUGAUGCAUCUCCUGAGCACUGUGCCCCUGACUCAGUGGCGCAGGAAGGAUUUAGGGCAGCGGCUGAUGGAUAUCUAG